AUGCGCCAUCACCGACACCCCUUCCGAAGCGCCUCCAAAAUUGGCGAGAUACACGCUUCGUUGGCGGCAAACACGGAUGCCGCGCUCAACAAUGAGAUGUUCGAAGCACUCCACGAGUUCUACGCCGGCGGGGAGAAGCAUUGUGUUCACGGACCCAGAGCGCGCAUCUACGGCCCAGCCUCUCUCCGUCUGGAUUCGGCGCUGGCCAGCGGCUAUGAUUCACGUUGUCUUGUCGACUCGGCCGUCGUCUCCGCUGUCGUCUCCGCUGUCGUGGGUCACGCAUACCAGACCCGCACGAACGGUAACCGUCACAUCUCGAUAGGGUACAACGAGGCCGUACAAGUGAUCCGCUACUCCCAUUCGGAAGGUCGACGCCGGGACGGCACCCCUGUCCCUGCCCCUGGCCCCACAUCGCCCCUUGUGACUAAGCUCUUGGCUCAUGCCUUCAUCAAUCCUAUGAAGAACCGCUCGCCCGAUGAUGGCAUGUCAUUGCAUGUGAAGAAUCGCUCGCCCGAUGAUGGCAUGUCAUUGCAUGUGAAGAAUCGCUCGCCCGAUGAUGGCAUGUCAUUGCAUGUGCUGAACAUGGAUGCCUGGAACGAGAGCGCGUCCGAGAAGGACCAGUAA